GAGUAUAUAACCGGAGGAAUCCGGAGGUUGCACGCUAGUCUGUUGAAGAAAUCGAAGGUUGGUGGGUUGUUGGUUUAGUGGAGUGAGAAUGAAGUUCAUUGCAGUGGUACUUUUUCUUUGCUUCUCGUCGGUCCUCGCCGGAAAAACCAAGAAAUUUAAAGAUGAAUCAGCCGUCCUCAACAAAAAACUAAUUGGCAAAACGAAACCUUCACCACCGGCUAUUAUAGCGAUUGAAAUAGUUGAUCCAAACGAGAACAAGACUUCAAAAAAUUCCAAACGAACGAUCGACUCCUCUCUGGGCUACGGCUACCGUUCUUCACCGAAAUACCAAGUGUAUAAGUACUCCCAGCACGAUAUACCACCUUACAAAGGAUCCUCAAACGUGUUGAGCGGUGGUAUUAAAAGCCAUCAGUACGAUUUUCACAAAUCGGUUUCGUACAACCUGCCAACUCAAACCCACAAAACCCAAAACUUGAAUCAGUACUACCAACCAGGAACUACUUUCUAUUCGACGGUUAACCAACAAGGCCAAGUUGGUAGUUUGAGUUCUGAUCUACCUCAAACACACACAAACGAACCCCAAGUACCUGUUAUUAUUCUUAGAGUGUUACCAAGUCAGUUGAACGAUCCUUCGGCUGUUCUGCAUCCAAAUCUCCCCCAAAGUCACCCGCUGGCUUCAGUGGUUAAUUCAAUAGACGUUCAAGCGCUGUUGACCAAGUACGUCCAAAAUCUGCUAGUUGAUCAACAAGAUCACUACCAACCUCAGUAUCAAUAUCAGCAACAAGUUCAAGAAUAUCAGCAGCCAGCACAAGUGUAUCAACCAGCGCAAGAAUAUCAAUAUCAGUAUGUUCAGCAGCAACCUGAGUAUCACAGUUAUCAAACUCCGAGCAACGACGGUCUUUUAACUCAUGAGAACUACCCCAAAGAAACACACACAAGGGUGAUUUUCCGUACCGACAAAAACAAACUUGGAAUUACCCCAUCCACUGCGACUAAAACUGUCAAAAUAGCCAUCCCAGAAGGUGCCUACAGUUCGGUUCAAGUACAGACUCCGAGUAUGCAUUAUGGUUACACUAGUCCAGGAGAUGGUUCUGCUCAGCAGUAUUACUACCAACCAGCAGAGGUUGCUCAAAAUUAUUAUUAUCAAAGUAUUCCUGAUAGCAGCUAUCAGCAAGUUGAGCCUCAACAACAACUAGAUUACGUACAAGCUGCUCCGGAAAAUGAGAGUCCUUACAAUUAUCAUGCUCAUCAAAAAAGGAGUAAAAAGACGAAGUUAUCGAGGCUAAGGCCAGAAGAGACGGUAGACGAUUUUAUUAAGCUAGAUCUUGUUACAGCUUAAUUGUUAUUGUAGUUGGUUAUUUAUGUUAAACUGGUUGUAUUUAUAUAAAAGUCAUGAGUACCUACGAUACACUGUGGUGUAUUUUGGUUUUUGUUUAUUUCAAAAUGUGACUGUUAUGUGCAAUGUGGAAGUAUUAUUGAUGAUCUGUACUAAUUUUAUGCAAUACUGUAAUUAUAGUUUUAUUACAAAUGAAAUAUAUUUAUGCCAAAAUUUCGAAAUAAAGAAAGACAAUAUUUUAUGCA